AACCUAAUAUAUUUACAUUUUAUAUAUAAAAUGAGAAUAAAAAAUUGUUCACUAGGAAAGAUGAAUAGCAAAAAGCACUGAUAAAAAUCAACAAAAUUUUUAAAAAAUAACAAAAUUCUUAAGAUAAAAAUAUAAUAAGCGCAUAGAUCACGAUGAUGACCCGUAACAAGUACGUGUCGAGCGACAGGGCGAUCAUAUAGGUACGGGGUACACCAAACAGGAGUGAUCCGAGUGAGCGAGUGACUGAGUGAGUUGGAGGUCGGAGGAGUAUAUUGGCCAUUUCCGCAGGAAGCCCUAGUAUUUCAAUUGUUCAAGAAAUUGCAAACAAAAGAUGUUCUGGGAAUGAUUUAUAAAUGAUAAAUCUGACGAAAUGAAGAAAAAAAAGAAGAGAAAAGACUUUUCUUAAGUAUGGCUUUCUUGACAUCGGACAACGUGGGUACCCGACUAAAAGCGGCACGUGCGAAUAUAUGAAUGAAAGUUUACGAGGAUAGUAAGAACAGGUCAAUCUACCAAUUGACCAUUGGUCAGUCGGACCUGCACAAACGAAAGUUCAGAUCGUUUAUUCUUUUUGUUCAUCUUCAGACACUCCACAGGCAUAUGCCAUAAUGGCUUCAUGUGCACACGCUAGCCUGGUAGUAUACCUACCACCACUGUACGGAAUUGGUCAAGCAGAGUGCAACAGAUAAGGGUUGCCAUGGUGGGGGAUAGUUGACUCUCUAGUGGCCAUUCGGAGUCAGUUGCUCUUAUGCUUGCCAGACAUUAACAACACCACGCUGGGCUCUUACAGUGAGGGCCUCGUGACUCGAAACGUCACAGGUGAUUCGAAACAAUUUUAACAAUCCUAAUUGUUUAUCGUGAAAUUUAUUUUUCGUUUAUUCGUUUAUAUAGGAGAGACUUGAUCGAGAAUCCCUAUUUUUUUCAUGGCUGAUAUUUUAUAAUUGCAAGAAAAAAGUGAUGGAAAUUAUCCCGAUUAUUGUUGUUGACAUUUGCACUGGUGAAUUUUUUUAGUGACAAUUCUAUACAUAAAAAUUGAACGUGAAUUUACAUAUUUGAUUGUAGUGAAGGUACAAUUAAAGUAAGAGUGAAUUUGAAUGAGGUAUUCGAUAGAAGAAAUCAAUCUAUCUUUUCUGUCUAUUGACAUGGAAAGUGCGCGAUUUUAUCGGUGAUUGCAAUUUCAUUUAGAAAACAUCGAUUGCUCAAGUGCUCGAAUUCCUCAAACUCGAGGAUCGAUGUGGAAGAAUGCGGAGGAAAGAAGUUUGAUAUUCGUUUCGAACCUUCUUGUAAGGUCGUGGAGGUCAUCAGGAUCGAGAGAACAAUGACGAUCGAUAGUUAAAGAAAUUGUUAUAAAAAUUUCGUGGAGGGUGAUCGAGGGUUUGUUUUACGAGGGGUUGUGGAUAUUAUGUUAGCAACAGGGUUAUGUGUAUUUCUGGUGUUGGCGUUGGCGGGAAGCGUUUCGACGCUUCUGCCAGAAGAUUUCGAAGAUCGGACUGCUCCUGCCAAUCUCCAAGAAGAAUGCGCCUCGAAAUGCCCGGAUCUCGAUUUGAAUCAGAAUCGAACGGACGAUUCAAGCUCGGAGGUAGGAUGCGGUAUACGAUGCAAAAUCGACCAAUGCACAAAAGGCUGUGGAGCAUGGCAACGAGCACUCGAUACGAGUUGUCAAGCUGUUUGCAAUGGAACCCAAGAAUUGCUACCACCCAAAGAAUUGUAUUGUGUUCUGGGUUGUCACGAUGCCCUAAAUCGUUACUUUCAACAAUUAAAAGCGGAAAUAGGUAUUCCACCGGCACCAGCACUGGUAGCUGACUCGUUGACCGCGACUUCCUUGCGUCUUGAAUGGAAAGGAAUAGACAUCGAAAGACGUGGCGGAGGCAUUUCGUACUUAGUGCAAUGGAGGUACGAAGAAUUGGCCGAGACAUGGCAAUAUUGCAGAAAUCAAUCGUGGGGUGAGGAUGAUCAGAUUUUGGUCGAGAAUUUGCAACCUUAUACAAAGUACAGGUUUCGCGUAGCGUUACUUUUAAAAUCGUCUCAGCACAAUCCCGAGCCUAUCGUCUCCGCUCCAAGCGUCGUGAUACGAACGCUCGCGGCCGGUUUACCAACCUCAGCACCGGUAAUUGUAAGAGCGGUGGCAGUAGACAGUUGCCGCGCGUCUGUGUCUUGGGAACCGGGCCCUUUCCCCAAUGGGCCACUUUUGUCUUAUGUCCUGCGUCUGCAAGGGGCUGAUCACUCCCAGCUUAAGGAUAUACCAGCAUCGGAGAACACGGAUCACUACAUGUUCCAAAAUCUUGAACCGAACAAGAAUUAUUCCAUUAGCGUGACCAUGAGAAACGGAGUUGGUGAGGGACCACCUGCGGUAACUUACAUCAUGACAAAUCCAGAACCGGCUGUGAAAGACACGCAACAACCUAUUUUAAUUCUUGGAGGUCAGCACGUGGUUAUGAAACAGGACGCGGAUAUGUUGGACGAUCCCAGUGUGGUUUACGAAAACACGAGCACAAUUCGAGGAGUGGCGAUUCACGUAGCCUCCGCGCAGCUUUUCAUUUCCGAUUCUUUGGGAUACGUGUACAGAACGUCAAUCACGAAACGAACGACACCCACGAUGAUACUUAGCCCCAGCCAAGUGAACUUCAAGCCUCUCAGUCUAUCCGUUGAUUGGUUAAACCUUCACCUGUACAUUUUGGGCGAGGUGAAACACGCGACCACGGUUUGGCAGAUAGCUAGAUGCAAUUUAGACGGAAGAGGUUUGACGGUAGCCGUGGCUGGUUUCUUAACGCGACCCACACACAUCGAGGUAGAUCCGUACAACGGUUACUUGUUCUGGGUCACCAGAGGCGGUUUAUAUCGAUUAGAUCUGGCUGACAUAAGCAAUGGAGUGAAGCACGAGGUUCAGCCAUAUUUGAUUCUAGAAGACGCCGAUUUAGGAGCAUUCACCGUGGAUCACACGAACUUUCGUUUAUUGGUUCCCCAUCAUAUUCAAAACACCGUAAUAUCUGUCUCUUUGGAUGGUCGCGAAGUUUUAAAUCUUCGCGCCAAUACGCAGCAACCGAAAUUCAAGAACGUGGUCUCCUUGGCUAUGGCGAACGGUUUGUUUUAUUGGACGAAUGGGGAAGAGGUAUUGAUAGAAGGAUACCAUUCGGGACAAAACAGAUAUUUUCACAAUGCUUAUCCAGAUAGAUCGAACGGUUCAUUUGUCAGUGUCAAUGUACUUAUGGACGCGAGCCAGCCCGUUCCUGUCCCCGUAAAUCCUCCUACAGGCGUGCAAGCUGUGUUGGGGGUGGAGAGGGCGAAAGUUUCCUGGCAAGCGCCUCAUCUGUUGGGCGGUCAGGGGAAAGGCGCUUGGCAGAAUUGGUCUUACGAAUUGGAGAUCAAAGACGAGUCUACCGGAGAGACGAUCCAUCAGAAAGAUAUCGCUGGCUCGUCUUAUACUGUGCAUAAUCUUCGAGAGAAAUCAGAAUACUCGAUUAAAGCGGCAGCUUACACGAGCGCUGGCAGAGGACCUUGGUCCACCGAGUUUAGGGGUCGAACAUUGAGAGACGGAUCGCACGCGUCCAUAUUGUGGUCCGCGAACGAAGGUCUCCUAAGGAGCGAUGUGACCGGAGAAAAUAUCGAUACUUUGAUAUACAAAGCGAGUUUGAAAGAAGCGGAGGUUGAUUAUCAUAUUGUUGAUGUCAGUUGGUAUAAAGAUGUACUCUACAUCGUAGGAAACAAUUCUGCAUUGUAUCGUUACAAUAUCACGAGUCAUCAAAAGAUGAAGAUGAAUAUUCACUCUGUCGGAAGCGUUGCCGUCGAUUGGAUAUCGAAAAAAUUGUAUUGGGCUAAUCCAAAGCAACAAAUUAUAACAAGAGCUAAUUUAAAUGGAUCUCAUCAAGAACCCAUGUCGAUCCUGGCCAUCGUUAAAGAAUUAAUGAUCGAUUCUUUGGAAGCAUAUCUAUAUUGGUCGACAGGCCAUGCUGUUGAAGUAGCUCGUCUAAACGGACAGGACAGAAGAUAUUAUCACUCGGAUGAAAUAUUUAAUGGAAAACAAGUGAUGGGGUUAACAUUGGACACAGAAAACAGAUUCGUUUAUUGGAUCGUUCGGAGUUACGAAAGUGGAUCUAUUGUUUAUCGAGCACCAACGUCUGAGAGGAUUUCUAUGAGCCACAAAAUCGUGCCUGAAAAGAUCUCUGCUCUGCAACAUCCAAACAUGCAAGGUCCUUUAUGCUACUUCUCAGAACAUCUUCUCUGGCUUCAAGACGAUCGGAAUGCGGUGAUAGGCGAUUUGUCUGGCCAAAACACGGCUAUAAUAAAUGGUAUCACUUUGUCGGGCCUUCACAUGGUAGCUAUCAUGGAUCCGGCACUCCAUCAAUAUCCGAAGAACUUUACAUCCGAGACUGUAACGGUAUUGCCCAACGCCGUCAAUUAUGACAGUAUUAGAGUAGAAGGAACAUGGAGAAACUUCAACAUAUCCUGGGAUCCGGUGGAGAAUAUCAAUUAUGGGACUGUGUUUUAUGAAGUGAAAUUUGCGGAUUAUAUCAACACCAAUUCAAAUCCAGAAAUAACUACGGAAACAUCGAUGCCUUACAAUAAUUCCGAACAGAUUUUACCUUAUUCGGUUCUCGAAGUCACUGUAAAAGCGUUUACGUAUUGGGAAACGGCUCAUCAUACGAGAAAGAUAUUGAGAUCACCGCAGAGUGUUCCGAGUCAGCCAACGAAUUCCAGAGCAUUUAUAGAAUUCCAUAAAGAACCGCUGAGCGAAAACAUUGAUAUAUUUGCGAUAUUUAGAUGGGAUCAGCCCGAGUUCACGAAUGGUCUGAUCACAGGGUAUACGGUACAAUGUUGGUUCAAGGAGCACAACGUCGAGAUACAAAUCUGCGAUCAAUCACUUAUCCCAUCCACAUUGUUAGAGUACACCGUUCAAGACCUCUUGCCAAAUAUGACAUAUUAUUUUCAAGUUCGAGCCCAUACGAAAAUUGGCGCAGGAUUGUACACAGACGUGAUCAACAUUUCCACGAUAUACGAAAAUCCGGUGCCACAAUUGUUGGUCGCUACAAUGGACGCGGUUAGAAUAUCCGAUUUAGAUCAGGAAGUGAACUAUACAAUUACUCGACAUAUCGCGGUCGAGGUUACUUAUCUGGCUGCAGAGAGCAAGAUUUAUUGGAUCAACGAAAUGAGGGAACUGGUAACAUCGGAUUUGAAUGGAUCAAAUGCUACUAAAAUGUUGGCAUUAAACAAUAGUGCACUUAGCAUAACUGUCGAUUGGGUUGCGAGGCAUCUUUACUGGUCUGAGUUGAGUUAUAAAGAAAAUGGCGGACGCAUAAUGAAAUUAGACUUAACCAUGUGGCAAGUUGGAAUUCUCAAGUAUGAAAGUAUCGUCACGUCGAGCAGACGUAUCGUAAAUCUUGAUAUAUUACCAUCCACAGGAUCAUUGUAUUGGAUAGAGACUAAAAAAGAUGGCGGGAUAAUAAUGCAAUCUAAUUUAGACGGGAGAGACAUUCAACCGUUCUUCAAUUAUAUAGAUGAUUGUUCCUGUCCUUACAGACCGUCCGUUAGUCCUGUAAUGACCAUCGACAGUACCAAUUUUCAGAAACCGGUCAUGUAUUGGAUUUCGUUAGAAGGUCACUUAAAUAUCGCCGAUAUCGAUGGUUGUGCAUGUAAUUUGAUAGCAAGCGCGAGUUUCAAUAAAGGAUUACCGCCAAAAUCAUUAACGGUCGAUAAGAUGAAUAUUUAUUGGUCCAAUAUCGCGGAAGAUCAGAUUUACUUUGUAAAUAAAAAAUAUCCCGAUGACGCGGAGAUCAGACGCUUCUAUUUGCCAUCCGUACGAAGCAUUAAAGCUCUUGGAAAAUCCUUGCAAACCUAUCCGAUCACGAACUGUUUGAUCCCUCAUCAAGUAUCCUACAAUGUGGAAGAAAUGAAAAAAUCGGCAAACAGUAUUACCGUCAGACUUCCCGAGCCUAUUCCACAAUUUGGUUGCGAAAGAUACAGUUUACCCACCACAUUGUACACGAUAUACGUAUCUCAGUGUUUAGAAAAUGAUCCUAAUAUGUGCGAGAGCGGCGAUAGGAUAAAGUUACAAACUUACAACAAAGAAUACGAAAUAAAGGAUUUGAAGCCUUUUACGAAUUAUGGAUUGAAACUGGCUUUGAGUAAUUAUUAUGCCAAUUUGGAAUCGAUGAGCUUAGAAUUUGGUUCCGGUGUUGUAUUACAAACCGAAGCAGGAACACCUACGGCUCCAGAAAACGUCACUGUCGAAGCACUCACGCCAACUUUGGCCAUUGUAUAUUGGAUGCCGCCAAAAAUAUUAAACGCCCCAGCAGUGAGAUACGAAGUGCAUUGGAGACUGGUUCGAUUAAUAAAUGGGGCACGACAGAAGGGAGAGUUUAUAAAGGGUACGGAGCGUACUACGGACGGUAGAUACUUCACCAUGUUAGAACCGUGGUUACCCGAUCAAGAAUAUCUGGUGUUCGUCCGUGCUUAUCCCACUCACGUCAACGAUGUUUACAGUGAAAGUUCAAGUCAAGUAGUUAAAAUGUAUCCGGAACCCAAUAAUUUAACUUUAACUGGAGUUAGCGUAAAUAGCUUGAACGUAUCUUGGAUACCAACGAUCAACUUGAUGGUCAGAUAUACGUUAGAGUAUAAAGAUGUUGCCAUGGAAGAUUGGCAAGUGGCAAACGAUUUCAAGGUAGAUAAGGACAAAGUGACGUAUUUUAUCAAGAAACUGCAACCUCGAACUUUGUACAAAUUCCACUUACUUCUGAGAUAUCCUAAUUACAAGAAGGAUUUCGUAUGGCCAACUGAUGGAAGAUUCACGUUUCAAACUUUAGGUGAUGUACCGAGUGCUCCUGGUAUGCCUACGGUAACCAAACUUCGUAAUUCAGUUUAUCAAUUGAAUUGGAAACCGGCACAAGCUCAUGGUUCGCAAAUCACGUUAUAUCGUGUGGAAGGGAUGAAAAUCAAUGAGAUUAACGAGCAAAUAGACUCGACUGGGAACGCAAGUUGGAAGUUGUAUUACAAUGGUACAGACAAUUACUGGAUAAUCACAGGAGACAUGGAUGACAAGUACAGAUUUCGAGUUCAAGCUAGGAACGCGUACGGUUUCGGUGGUUGGAGCAGAUCCAGCCCGAUCAUUGAUUUAACGGAAGCUACCGGAGGGAUAUUAGCGGCUCAACAACAUCUUGGUUUAGUGUUGGGACUUAGCGUUCCUGUUAUCAUUAUUAUGCUCAUUUGUUCCUGUUAUUUCCUUUGCCCAGUGUACCGACAACGCAAAGAAGAUAAAAAGGCGGUCUUACCUCCAUUAGUAAGCGAUGUCGAAUUAGCGACACUUCGAGAGAUACCACGUGGAAAUUUCGUUCAAUCCAACGCGUUAUACGCGUCUACAUUGCAAAACGAUUCGGACGAUUCUACCCUUCCUAAAAUUAGAAGGGAACAAAUAACAUUAGCGAAAUUUUUGGGUAGUGGAGCUUUCGGAGAAGUAUUUCAAGGAAAUGCGAAGGAUUUGGAAAGGCCAGGAAUUACACCAGUCGCAAUUAAAACGCUUCGAAAGGGAGCUUCGGCUCAAGAAAAGACAGAAUUCCUUCAGGAAGCUAGACUCAUGAGUCAUUUUCGACAUAAACAUGUACUCAGACUUUUAGGAGUUUGCUUAGAUACGGAUCCACCGUUAUUAGUGUUGGAACUAAUGGAGGCUGGGGACUUGUUGAGUUAUUUAAGGGCAAGUCGAUCUCUGCAACCAUCGGAUUCACACGCGUUACGACUGCAAGAUUUACUUGCCAUGUGUGAAGAUGUAGCAAGAGGAUGCCGUUACUUAGAAGAGCUUCAUUUUGUACAUAGAGAUCUUGCGUGUAGAAAUUGUUUGGUAUCGGCCAAAGAUCGAGAGAAUCGUGUUGUUAAGAUUGGUGAUUUUGGACUUGCUAGAGAUAUAUACAAAAACGAUUAUUAUCGAAAAGAAGGAGAAGGAUUACUUCCUGUUCGAUGGAUGGCACCUGAAUCUUUAGUAGAUGGUGUAUUCACCUCGCAGAGUGAUGUCUGGGCAUUUGGUGUAUUAAUGUGGGAAAUUACGUCGUUGGGCCAACAACCGUAUCCUGCCAGAACAAAUAUCGAAGUAUUGCAUCAUGUACGUGCAGGUGGAAGAUUGUCCAAACCUUUGAAUUGUCCACUCGCGUUACAUCAACUUAUGUUGCGUUGUUGGAGCGAUGUUGAUACCAGACCAAGUUUUAAAGUUUGUCUAGAAAAUAUAGUUAGUCUUCGAAGUACUAUAGAGGAUGCGCAAUUAAAUCCAGUUGCUAGUUAUUACUUAUCUAGAAGGGGCGUCUCUAACAUGGCUUACUUUGCUGACGAGAACCAAAAUCAUAACAAUUCAGGGAAUUCAUGGAAAUCCAGCAGUUCAGAAGGUAGUCGAGAUAUGCAACCAUUCCUUCAGAAUUCUCAUAAUGCAACACCUACAUCACAAUCAGGGGAAAUGCCAAAAUAUUUAGAAUUAUUAGCAGAUAACGAAGAUAUUAUUCUAAAAGAAAAUUCAACAAACGGAUACGAAGUGCCACGAUCAAUUCACAUAUCCGAUCAAAAUUUAGCCAAUACAAAUAAAGCUAGUACAAACGUAGAUGUAAAAAGUAAUUUGCAUUCUGAUGCAUCGCAAGAACAAAAAGAUAUCAUUUCGAAUGAUAUUAAAGAACAAUUGGAAAAAAAAUGUGAUAAAAGAUCAUCGAUAUCUAGUUUAAAUUUAUCAGAACGUAAAAGAGCAUCGAUCACAAAUAUGACUGAGAAAUGUAAUACUUUAGAUAGUUCGAAAUUAACUAAUCCUACUAUUAAAGCGAUAUUAAAAAGAGAUUCAUUUACAUCAUUGACUGAUCAACGGAAAAAUAAAAGAAAUGUAACUGAACGACGGGGAUCUGAAAUAAGUUUAGAAGGUAGAAGCUCUAGUUCUUUAAGCUCGAAUAUUAGUUUAGCACCACCUACUCGACCUAGUUCAUCGUUAAUUAGUUCACAAAAUGUUCUUCCAUUAAAGAAUUGUGUUAUUGGAGGAACUGGUGAAUCAACUGAUAACGUCGCGAAGAAUACAUUACCGAAAAUUCAAAGAAGUCAUUCUAAUUUACAAAAUGGUAAAGCUAAUAUACCUUUAGUGAUAAACAGUGCAUUAUUAAAUUUGUUAAGACAGACUCCAGUUGUUGAAGAUAGUAACAAUAUAGUUACGUAUACGAACAUUAAUACGGAUGCUGUAAGAGUAAAUGGAUCGUGAAAUUGUUAAAGAUGUAAUAGAUAUUAUCAUUUAAAAUAUGUUUCUAUAACAGAAUCUAUAAUUUCAAUGAUAAUUAUCAAUCAUAAUCAAAACUGGAAA